GCCUCGAGGGCAUCCCGGCGGGACAGCAGGUCGCGUGGAACAGUCAGGCCCUGAGCCCCCGGCUCGGCAUGCUGGCCCAGAGGAGGGACGCCGUGACCCACCGGGUCCUCUCCGCCAGGCUGCACAAGAUCAAGGAGCUGAAGAACGAGCUGGCGGAUGUCACGCGGAAGCUGGAGGCCACCAUCAUCGAGAACCAGUUUCUGAAGCAGGUGCAGUUCCGGCACCUGAAAGCCAUCGGCAAGUACGAGAGCUCCCAGAACAACCUGCCGCAGGUCGUGGCCAAGCACCAGAACGAGGUCAGGAGCCUGCGGCAGCUGCUGAAGAAGUCGCAGGGCAAGGAGCGGAACGUGGCCCGCAAGCUCCGGGAGACGGACCAGGAGCUGCUGAAGACCAAGGAUGCGCUGCUGGGCCUGCAGCGCCUGGCGGAGGACAAGGGCCUGGCAGAGCGGGAGGAGCUGACCCAGAAGCUGUCCGCCCUCACGGCCAAGCUGGAGGCGAACGACAAGAAGAUCCAGAGACUGGAAAAACAGCUGAGGCUGAACAACAAAGCCUUCAGCCAGCAGCUGGCCGCGGAGAGCCGGAAGUCCCUGGCCGCUCAGACCACCAGUAAGACUCUGCAGAUGGAAAUGAAGCGACUCCAACAGAAACUUAAGGACAAGGAGCGGGAGCUGGAGAUCAGGAACAUCUACACCAACCGGAUUCUUAAGAACCUAUGCGAGUCUCAGGAUGAUCUGAAAGUUUCUUCUACGAAAGCAACCCAGGUGGACAGGACGAGUUACCCGCUUGUGAUGGUGAAACACCAGGAGACCCAGAAGUCCUGCGACGUGCCGGCUGUGACCGCCAAGGUGCAGAGACCCGCGCGGCCGGGAGACUGGCCAAGCGCGUGGGCGCAGAUAGGCGGGGAUGCCGCCUCUGGCGCCCUCGGCAGUCGGAACCCCCCGACGCAGGAAGCAUCUGUCACCCACGGGGGACGUUGGCGCUGCUUCUCUCCACUGCAGGCGAGAAAGAAAGCGGGAAGCUCGGGCCCCAAGGAGAAAGCAGCGGCCGGCCCCGGCCCCGGCCCGCCCAGUGCCAGCAAGCACCCCAGCCAGGAGGACCCCAGGAGACGACACCACGAUCCGGCCGGGGGACAGGAGCUGGCGGGGGCAGAGGUGCCCACGCCCCUGGACAGCGCCGGGACACUGGGAGACAGGGCCGAGCCAGAGAAGGGCGCGGCGAGGACCCCGGAGCAGGAGGUGCCCGCGAAGUGCCUCCAGGCAGCCGGCCCGGAGCGAGAGCGCGAGUGGGCACCGGAGCGGGAGCGCGAGCGUGACCGAGCACCGGAGCGGGAGCGCGAGUGGGCACCGGAGCGGGAGCGGGAGCGUGACCGAGCACCGGAGCGGGAGCUGGCCCUGGCGCGCGAGCGGCCGGCGGAGGCGCCCCCCGAGCCCUCGGCGACCCACGGCAGCCGGCCCCCGCUCCGGCCGCGCAAGCACUACUCCUUCACGGAGGUGAUCGAGAACCUGCACCAGGGGCUGCCGGUGGCCGGCGCGGGAGCCCGGGCCGGCCGCCCCCGCGCGCGCCCCGACGCGGCCGCCUGCGCCUACGAGCCGUCGCUGGGCCGUGCGCGCCGCGCGCUGCCCGACAGGAAGAACAGCCUGAUGGAGGAGCUGUUCGGGGCCCCCGGCCAGCCGCCCCCCGGCCAGCCCUCGGCCAACAACGCCUUCGGGGACUCCAGGGUGACCGUGCCCAACUCGGUGCCGUCGCCGUCCCCGUCCCCGUCCCCCCCGGGGGGCAAGAGGAAGAUAAUCAUCUAA